GCCCUCCACCUUGCCUCCAACCCUGCCUUCACGUAGAAGCACACCAAGACCAAGCUAUCUGACGCUCGUCUCCCCCAAGGGAAGACCGACCGACCACGACCAGAGAAGCUCCACCCACCAUGAGGACUGCCGUCAGGCGCGCCAGCGUAACGGCGCUCGUCACCGCCUGCGUCACCGUCGUCGCCUACGCCGUGGCCACAGCGGCCCAGUACGCAAUCGGCCGCCACCACCUCUGCAGCCAGGCUUUCUUCCUCCUGCGCUGCGUCAGGGUGACUGCCGCGGCGGCCGACGAGUGGAGGGCCCUCUGGCUCGCCAUGCUCUGCUGCGCGGUGCUCGAGGCGGCCGUGGCGGCGCUGGCGCUGCGGCUCCCAUGCCGCCGCCUCGCCCUCGCCUGCCUCCAGCUCGCGGUCACCAUGGUCCGCCACUGCAUGUGCGCCCGCGCCGGCCUCCUCCUCCUCGCCGCCGACCCAGGAUACCUCUUCGGCAGGAUCUGCGUCGGGUUCGCCUUCUGCUUCGCAGCGAACGACGUCGCCAACUUCGUGGACUUUCUCCGUGGAGGUGACAAGUGAGGAUCAUGCUCAUGAAGUACUGCGAGUAGUUCUAAGUGAUAAUAAGUACUCCUAUGUGUGAAUCGAUUUCGUAGUAUGCAUAUGAUGAUCGAGUGCCAUAUGUGUGAAUCGAUCUGCUAGCUGCAGUGUGGUCUGUGGUGUUAAUUAUAUUGGACCGAUCGACUAUACUAGUUACUCUAUUUGGGCUGUAUAAUUGGCCUGGAUCCUGGUCAGUAUUGGAUGUAUGAGGCAUCAGUUAUAUAUGCCAUGCAUGUUGUUUAUGAAGAGAUGCUUCAGAUUGAUCAA